CGUGUAAUAAGGUAUCUAUUGGGUACAAAUACAUUCAGAUACUAGGUACUUACAUAACUAAGUUUUUUUUUAAUUAGAUUAAAUAAAAUGGAGCAUACAAAUGACGCUCAUAAAGUAAAACCUUUUACAGACGACGAAUAUGCUCAAUACCAGAAAGCAUUUUCUGUUCCCCACAGGAGGCCCAUCCGCGUGGGCCCUAAAGGCUAUGUCCUACGAGCUGAUUGGCCAACUCAUUCCGAGGAUGUGAGGACUAUGCCGCUUCGACCUGAUGAUAUCUUCGUCGUUUCCUUCCCAAGAUCAGGUACAACUUGGACACAAGAGCUCGUGUGGUUAAUUGAAAAUGACAUGAACUUUGAAAAGGCGAAGUCUAUCCCUCUCACUGACAGAUAUCCGUUUUUGGAAGACUUCAUUUAUGCAUCGGCCACACGAAUGGCCGCCAGGAAUGACCCGGCAAAAUUGAAAAUGUUAGAAGAGAUAUUAAAACCUGCGCCUGAGAGAUUAGCGGCAACCCCCUCCCCGCGCUUCAUCAAGAGUCACCUUCCUUUGUCCUUGCUCCCUGAAGGUACCCUGGACACUGCUAGAGUGGUCUACGUGGCCAGAGAUCCCAGAGACGUGGCCGUGUCUUUCUAUCACUUCUUGAAAUCCUUCCCACACAACGGAUUGACUGCGUCAUUCAAGGAGUACUAUGAUUUAUUUAUAAAUGAUUUAGAAAUGUGGUCCCCAAUCUUCGAGCACGUGAAGGAAGCGUGGCAGCAGAGGCAUCAUCCCAACAUGCUGUUCCUGUUCUAUGAGGAACUUUCCAAGGACUUAGGAGCAGUCGCGCGGAGAGUAGCCGACUUCCUAGGCAAGCAGUACACAGACGAGCAAUACGCCAGUCUGCUCGACCAUCUCAAGUUCGACAACUUCCAGAAGAAUACCGCUGUUGAUAUAACCGAUCUCAAGAAAUUUGGGUUAUUGGAUAGUAAAGGACAAAAUUUCAUUAGAAAAGGUAAGACAGGAGCCUGGCGAGAUAACUUCGACGAGGAGAUGAUACAACGUACUGAGCAGUGGAUGGCAGACAACAUGAGAGACACAGACUUGCUCUUUCCACAGAACUAAAUAGGUACAUAGCCAUUCUUAGUAGGUCUAUUGACCACAAAUGAAGCAAUUUUUCCUGUUCGUAAUUUACACCUAAUACACGGUGUUAAUGACAUCGUAACGAACACUGAGGGGUAUGACCUUGAUUCCGAGUUGAUAUCUAUUAAAAUUUCCUGUCAGAAAAUUCAUGGAAAAUUUUGUGUUUUUAAAUUAUUUUCAGUUCCACACUUUUUUUUGAAAAUUACACUCCAUCAAUCAUCCCUCAAAGUUGGUUACGAUGUCACUGACACCCUGAAUAACAAUUUGUGACACUGUUUAAAAUGUUCAUGAGACUUAUUUUUUAUAAAUAGGUACUUAGAUUGAUUUUAUAAUAAGUUAAUAACCUAAAUUACCUCGAUGUCCUGACCUUGAGCUCUCGCUAAUAAAAUGACUUAUUUAAUUUCUUAAUAUUUUUUUUAUUUGUUGUUGUUUUUUUUCUUAUUUACUCGGGAGUCAAAUAUAAGUAUUGUAAUAAGUUACUUUAAUAAUUUAAUUUAAAAUAAUAGCUAUAAGUUAUGAAAAAUUCUGGUAUAUUAGGUAUAUUAAUUACUUUCACAAAGUGUACCUACCUACUUCGUGAUGUAAAUACAUGAUUUUGAUUUGA